AUGCUUCCCGCCCAGGCAAAGGAGCGCCACCAGGAACCCAGAGCUGACCCACAGUCUGCCACAGGCUCUGGGAGCACGGCUCGACGGACGGAUUCAAAGAGAAAUGUACAUGAGAUUUGUAUAUAUCCAGCGCACUCUGAGCUGCGCUCACAUUUGAGCGGCACAGCAUCAGCGUGGCCUCAGCAGGACAGCAUCAGCAGGAAAACCACACAGAACCUGGACUUAGAAAACAAAAACCAGCCAACGAAAGAAAACUGCCCUGUACCAGACGAGGUUGUAAAGACAGAAGAAAAUGACAUUUUCUUUCUACACAAUCCAGAAAGAAAACCCUAUAAAGCAACAGUAACGCAGCACAAAAAGUUUCCAACACUGACACCAAAGAUGUCCAAAGACGACGUUUGUAAAGUUUCAUCUGCCAGCAAGCACAAAGAGCGAAAACCCAAGAAGCCGCACUACAUCCCGCGGCCGUGGGGCAAACCGUACAACUACAAAUGUUUCCAGUGCCCCUUCACGUGUAUGGAGAAGUCUCACCUCUACAACCACAUGAAGUACAGUCUGUGUAAGAACUCUCUGUCGCUGCUCAUCGAGUCCGACUGGCCUUAUAAGAAAGGGAACAUUCUGCAUCCAGACCAGCUCCGCUCCUUUCAACACGGCCUCCACAACAGCACCAAGGACGAACUGGAAGUCUCAAAGAGGGAAGAGGGGAGACACAAGCAGAGGAGCGUUCAGGAGGAGGGAGAAGACAAGGAGGCGCAGGACCAUGAGGAGGAAGAGGACGGAGGUCGCAGCGAUGGAGGCGAAAGCACAGGCGUAACCAAAGACAACCUCAUUAUCAACAAAGGAGAAAGCACAGAGACACUGAAAACAAAAGCCUCAGAGUCUGACAUGCUCAUGGCCGACAUGCUCACUCUUGAAGAUCAGCUUUUACGAGCCCGCUCUGUGGAGAUGGAGGCCCAGCUCAAAAACUACAAACUCUCUAAGACAUGCCUCUCUACCCCUGGGCUCCUCUCGGAGCAGUUUAGGAUGCUAGCGUCCAGUCACACCAAAGCUAAAGCUGAACCCAGAGUGAGCAGUUCAAUCCCAUGUUACCCCCCUCCGCCUAAUUUGGUGGAUUACCAGGACCCUACUGGGCUUAAUCUGUCGGUGCUCGGGGUGGGUUACCCCAUCAGCCCCAGCCUUUUCUCCUACAUGAAUUCAGCUAUGCCCACUGGGGCUACAAGUCUGGCAGCACAGAACCAGCUCGCCCAACUCCCCUUCCUGGCCUCAGCUGCUCAGCUGAUGCAUCCAGCUACCAGCGCUCACUCUGCAGCCGAAAGAGCUUUACUCCCACCUCGACUCUACUACCCCUUUCUUUAUGAACACGCGUUUGGCCAAAGUGAGCCCAGUAAAAUACUCAAAACUUCAACAAAUAGCCUUGAAGAAAAUAUAUUGUCAGGUUUUCAGCCAAAAGUAAAUCUGUGGAAAGUCCCAGCGGUGCGGCCCGCCACAGCUCAGGGCACAGGCUGGGAGUCGUCCCAAAGAGACAGCUAUGAACAGAGCAGAGACAAACAGCACUCAGCCACAGAAGGGAAAGCAGUGUGUGGACUGAAGAGGACAGGGACGCCUCUCGGACACCUGGACACACCAGUCGAAAAGAAGCCCAAUGUUGGCCUCACGCUUGACCUUCUGAAGAAUAUCCAGACAGCAUCAAGUCCGAACGUGAUCGCAAAUAAACUACUGUCGAAUAAGUAUUUACAGCACGCGUCACAUGAAACACAGCCUCUUGACAUGUGGUACAAAGAAGCUCUGACCAGUCCCAACAGUGACACCUCCUCUCAUUCCACUGGCAGCCGCCCCACCGUCCAAGGAUCGUCAGAGUCUGUAGCCGCGCUGCUCACGGACCUCUCCAAGGCUCUGCAGGAUUACCAGGAAGCCGAGCACAAGAUUUCCCACAUGGAGACGGAGGACCAACCCGCCCAGCGACACUUGUGGGAACACCUCAGCAAGAUCCGCAGCGAGCUCUCCCACAUCCACCAGGCCCUGGAGCGGACGUCCCGGCCCAGCGACGGACCCCUGGAUCUGUCCGUCAAGAGGGAGACCACGGAUCUGCAGAGAUUGGACUUCAAAGACGGCAACUCCACAGAGACGGAGGAGGAAGACGAUGACGCGGAGGAAAAGAGGGCCGAGGUGGAGGAGGAGAGGAGGGCUUCUCUGGAGAGUCGGAAACAAUCGCUGGACAUGCUGAUUAAGAUGAGUCAAAGCAGCGCGUCGGUAAUGAGUGGAGACGUCCUCACGGCGGGGGGUCUCGGGCUGAGGCCGAGUCCUGCGGAGGCUCUGUGGCCGGGCAGAACCACCAAGUGUGAGGCCGACUCCAGCGUCUUACUGUGUCCGGACGCCCGCUCUGUGCUGUUUACCGACAUCUCAGCUAAAACACAGAAGAGACCCCCAUCCAUCCAGCGCUUCGAGGCCCAGUGUCCCCCCAGCCCCUUAACCGUGACAGACAACUAA